AGUACGCGAUUCUGCAGCGCAAUCUAGCGAGUCCCCUAAAUCACGUUCCUAUCCCAAAAACGAGUCCACUAUAUGGUCUUUAAGCGUUUCGAGACGAGCGUGGCGUCAUCCGAAUGAACAGCAGGAUUUCUACUGCACCGUCUCUGACGAAGGAUAUGAAGUAUCCGAUCGUGCUACCGAGGAAGCAUCAUGGCGUCUACCUCCUAGCUGAAAGCUACCAUCGGAAAUUUCUUCACGCAAACGGCGAGACUGUCGGUAAUGAGAUGCGUCAGCGGUUUUGGAUACCGGGCCUACGAGUUUUGAUUCGUCAGCUUUCGAAGCAAUGUAUGACCUGCCGUGUUAGGAAAGCUGAACCAGUACCUCCUAUGAUGUCAGCACAUCUAACGUUCCGAGUGACAGGAAUGGUUAGACCGUUCACACACACUGGAGUGGACUACUUGGGACCAAUACUGGUGAAGCAAGGCCGCAGCUUGGUCUAAAAGGUGGGUGGCGCUAUUCACCUGCCUUACAAUACGCGCCGUACAUUUGGAGGUAGUUCACAGCCUGUCCACUCAGUCCUGCGUGAUGGCGAUCAGGCGAUUCGUAGCACGUCGGGGUUCACCAGAAUCCUUCUACAGCGACAACGGGACGAAUUUCCUGAGAGCAAGCAACCUGCUACGAGUUCAGAUCCAGAAUAUCCACGAAGACUGUGCGGUGACAUUUACGAACAGUAAUACAAGCUGGAACUUCAAUCCACCAUCAGCACCGCAUAUGGGAGGCUCCUGGGAGCGCAUGGUGCGCUCCGUGAAGGUGGCCAUAGAGGCCAUUGCGGAUCACCCACAUCAUCCUAGCGACGAGGUUUUGGAAACUGUGGUUCUCGAGGCAGAGUCGAUCGUCAAUUCCAGACCACUUACAUACAUUCCCCUAGAGUCGACGGAGCAGGAGUCACUCACGCUAAACCACUUUCUGCUAUUUGGCACCAAGGGCAUAUUGCAACCAGGGAUAUCUAUGAAGGUGGAAGGAAAUACCCUACGGGACAGCUGGCGCUUAGCGCAGUGCUUGGUGAAUCAUUUCUGGAGUCGCUGGAUUCGAGAAUACCUGCCAACCAUAACCAGGCGUACCAAGUGGUUUGAGCCGGUCAAGCCGUUGGAAGCAGGAGACCUAAUUCUUGUCAUCGAGAAUGGAAAGCGCAACGGAUGGUUACGAGGCAAGUUUGUAGACGUGAUGAAGGCGAAGGAUGGACAAGUUCGGCGAGCAUUCGUGAUGACGAAGAAUGGGCUGCUCAACAGGCCUGCAGUGAAGUUGGCAGUUCUGGAUCUUCAGACACCUGGGGAUGGUCCGGAACUUCACGGGCAGGGGGAUGUUACGGACGUUAGCCGUACGCUCCACACAGGAGAGUGAGUUCUGGAUCACCCCUAGCUGUAACGGCGAAACACUAUAUAUGUCAGCGAGAGGAACGUCAGACGGCAACAACGUGGUUAGAACUGUCACAUGCAGCAUAAACCGACCGAUCAUUAUUCAAGUGCCAGUAGCCAUUGCAGCACGUUGAAACUCUUUAUGAUAAACCUUUUUUGAUUAGUAAAUUUAGUAAAAUCCCUUGUUAGUAUUAUUAGUAUAUAUUAUUGAAUUAAAACUAUGGUGUUGUUUCUAUACUAUGGUGUUGGGUUUCAUGUAGGCGCCCGAUGCUCUUCACUGCAUUCGGUGCUGGAGCUGGGCUAGUAACAGCC